CCCUAUAUAUACACACACACACACAUCCCCUCAUUCUCAUCCCUUGGAGUUCGAAGCUAUACAAAACAGUGAACCCAUUUCCCAGCAGCGAUUCGACCGCAAGCGUUUGCUCAAAAUGGCGGCGACUGUGUAUUCCGGGAGGUGCACGAAGAUCCGGACAUGGCAGAGAGGUUCGAAGCAGAUGAGAGAGCAAAGGGCUCGGCUUUACAUCAUAUGGAGAUGCACUGUAUUGCUUCUAUGUUGGCAUGAUUAGUUCACAUAUCGACACUAUGUCUUCCUCUCAAAGGCGGGAAAAGAGACGCCGAAGAGGGAAGGAAAAUUAGGACUCUGGUCUUAGUAGGCCAUGGAGAGUACAUGUGUGCCACUUGUGUUCCGAUGGAACGGGAAAGUCAUGCUCUUGACUUUGGGGUUGUUCUGUUGUGUAGAGUCUAAUUCUUCAGGUGUCUUGCCUUUUGCUGCUGUUUUAGUUUGAACAGUUUUAAGUAUGCAAAGUAAAAGUGUAUAAUCCUGGUUCUUAACCAAUCACAGACUGACACGAACAAAACGAUUAGCCUCCUCAAAACGCCGCGUUUUCUUAGGACGACACGAGACGAGACUAUAUCUUACUUCUCCCGAAGCCGCACCCUCCCAGUAAUAAUAGGCCUAAACCCUAAAUCCCUUACACCGGGAAUGAUGUUCAGAAGCCCAUCACUCUCCCGUGAAAUCAUCGAGUCCCUGAAAAACUCGCCUUUAAACCCUAGAUCAACCCUUCAAAUCAGACACAUUUCGAGCUUGAAAGUGGUAUGGCGGAAAGACCCAAAGCUGGACGAAGCCAUCGAGAAGGAGAAACGGUACAAGCUCUGCGCCCGGGUCGUCAAAGAAGUGCUGAAUGAACCGGGUCAAGUUAUCCCUCUCCGAUACCUUGAGAAACGGCGCGAGAGAUUGCGUCUCAAUGUAAAAGCUAAGACCUUUGUCGAUCUCAAUCCUCUUCUGUUCGAGGUGUACUAUGAUCGGAUCAAACCCAAAUCGGAUCUCGUACAGUUCAUCCGACCCACCGCCCGUCUCAAGGGAUUUCUCGAGGAAGAAGAGAGGAUUUACUCUGACCACGAGCCCCUGAUUGUUUCGAAACUGUGUAAGAUGCUGAUGAUGGCCAAAGAUAGGGUAAUCAACGUGGAUAAAUUGAUUCACGUGAAGAGAGAGUUCGGGUUUCCUAAUGAUUUUCUGGUGAAUUUGGUUCCGAGAUACCCAAACUAUUUCCGUUUAACAGGUUUUCCGGGGGAAGGCCAAUCCUUUCUCGAGCUCGUUUCAUGGAACCCUGAUUUCGCGAAAUCGGUGAUUGAGCAGAGAGCGGAAGACGAAACUAUUAAAACAGGAGUCCGAGUCCGACCCAAUUUCAACGUGAAAUUGCCAUCCGGGUUUUUCCUCAGGAAGGAAAUGAGGGAGUGGACGAGGGACUGGAUAGAGCUUGACUACGUAUCACCAUACCAGGAUGUGUCCCAAUUAGAUCAAGCUUCCAGAGAAAUGGAGAAAAGAACAGUUGGGGUUCUACACGAAUUGCUGUCUCUCUCGCUGUAUAAGAGGGUUCCGGUUCCUAUACUAGGCAAAUUCAGCGAUGAAUACCGGUUUUCAAACGCUUUCUCGAGUGUCUUCACCCGUCAUUCGGGUAUUUUCUACUUGUCCCUGAAAGGAGGGAUCAAGACAGCGGUCUUGAGAGAGGCUUACAAGGAUGAUGAGCUGAUUGAUAGAGAUCCAUUGCUGGAGAUUAAGGAUAAAUUCGCCAGCUUAUUGGAGGAAGGGUGGAAAGAAAGGAAAGAGAGACUGAUUCGGCGCAAGGAAGAAGUUGAGGAAGAUCUGAAGAUGAAGGCGGCAAGGGAUGAAGAACAGAAGGAGCCUCUCUGCAGUUGACCGGUCUAAAUCUUCUAAUCUUCUGGAACUUUGUACUGAUUGAAGCGCAGGUUUGGUUUAGUUAGUGAGUUUCGUCGGAAAAAGCCCUGUCUUUUCUGCUGUGGUUGAUGUAAACCUGUCAGUCCAUGUGCGUUGCAGUUGAAUGGAUUCAGUUGUCUCCUUUUGACACAAUCA